UAUACCUUCCUUGUAAAGGCUGGGGUAUGCAGAGUAUGUAACAAUAAUAAUAAUGUUGAAUCCAAUUGAGUUCUGACUUCAAAGAACAUCUGCAAUUGCUUUUUCACUGUUUCUUGUUUUGUUGUUUGUUUUUUUUUUCUUCCCCCAGCCUUUUCUAUGCCAGUGAUAGGGUCAAGAAAAGUUUAUCAUGGCAUACAUUAAAUCCAAAUAUUUAUUUUUCUUUCAGUUUGGAAACAAUAACAACUACAUGAACAUGGCAGAGGCAAAUAAUGCAUUUCUUGCUGCAAAUGAGACAUUCCAUACGCCAAGCCUUGGGGAUGAGGAGUUUGAAAUCCCACCCAUUACCCCCCCGCCCGAAUCAGACCCUGCACUGGGCAUGGCAGAUAUCCUGCUCCCCUUUCAGGGCCUUGCAGACCAGCUGCCAGCACAAGGAAAUGAAUUUACGCCUCAGUUUCCCCCCCAGAGCUUGGAUCUUCCCUCUAUUACAAUAUCCCGGAAUCUCGUGGAGCAGGACGGCAUCAUCCACAGCAAUGGAUUGCACAUGGAUCAGAGUCACACACAAGUUUCCCAGUACCGCCAGGAUCACUCUCUGAUUAUGAGAUCUGUUGUCCAUAUGACUGAUGCUGCUCAUUCGGGAAUUAUGCCUCCGUCUCAGCUCACCACCAUUAACCAGUCUCAGCUGAGUGCGCAGCUGGGGCUAAAUUUAGGAGGCACUAAUUUGCCCCACACUUCUCCCUCCCCUCCUGCAAGUAAAUCAGCCACUCCUUCCCCAUCUAGCUCUAUCAAUGAAGAAGAUGGAGAUGAAUCAAACAGAGCUACUGGGGAAAAAAGAGCUGCCCCAGAUUCUGGCAAGAAGCCCAAGACUCCAAAGAAGAAGAAAAAGAAAGACCCCAAUGAGCCACAAAAGCCAGUGUCAGCAUAUGCCCUUUUCUUCAGGGACACUCAAGCUGCAAUUAAAGGACAGAACCCAAAUGCUACAUUUGGAGAUGUUUCAAAAAUAGUGGCAUCUAUGUGGGACAGUUUAGGAGAAGAACAAAAACAGGUAUAUAAAAGAAAAACUGAAGCUGCCAAAAAAGAAUACCUAAAGGCACUUGCUGCCUACAGAGCAAGCCUUGUUUCUAAGGCUGCUGCAGAAUCUGCUGAGGCCCAGACAAUUCGUUCUGUUCAGCAAACAUUGGCAUCCACAAAUUUGUCUUCCUCCCUUAUUCUGAAUAGUUCCCUUUCUCAACACGCGACGGUAUCGGCUUCUCCCCAAACUCUUCAACAGCCCCUUUCCAGAGCAAUUGCUCCAAAACCCUUGACCAUGAGACUGCCAAUGAAUCAGAUUGUAGCCUCUGUAACCAUUGCGCCAAACAUGCCGACAAACAUUGCAGCUCCAUUGAUAAGCUCUAUGGGCACAAACAUGGUGGCAACGCCGUCUUCAUCUCAAGUCAGUCCCUCCAUGCAAAGCCAGCAGCACCAGAUGCAACAGCUCCAGCAACAACAGAUGCAGCAGAUGCAGCAGCAGCAACUACAUCAGCAUCAAAUGCAUCAGCAAAUACAACAGCAAAUGCAGCAGCAGCAUUUUCAGCACCACAUGCAGCAACAUUUGCAGCAGCAGCAGCAGCAUCUUCAGCAGCAAAUUAAUCAACAGCAAAUGCAACAGCAACUGCAGCACAUGCAGCUUCAGCAAAUGCAGCAGCAGCAAAUGCAGCAUAUGCAACACCAGUCACAGCCUUCUCCUCAGCAGCAUUCUCCGGGAGCCCCGCAGAUCACUUCUCCCAUCCCUGCCAUUGGGAGCCCUCAGCCAGCACCUCAGCAGCACCAGUCACAAAUACAAUCUCAGACACAGACUCAAGUAUUAUCGCAGGUCAGUAUUUUCUGA